UAGUCGAUAUUUGCAGCAGUUGUGUUCAUUAGCGUUACUUUUGAAAUUGGAUUCAGUUUUGUGCACACAGCCAGCUCCUGUUCAUGUCGCCAAUGCUGGACCAGUUGUUGAGUGGAGCUGGCUAGACACCCUUAGCACAGCUGUCAGUACUGCAGAAAGUUUGAAGAAACGUUCUCCGCUUCCACGUUCGUUUGUAGCCCGUCAUUUGAAAAAUUCAGAUGACAGUGAACCACUCAAUGCUGCUCUAGAAAAUGAUAAAUGGGAUGUAGAACAAGACAUGGCUGUUAUGGCAUGGGCUACACAACACCCUGGUGACUGGCAGGUUGGAGGCAGAUGUCAAGUAUACAUGUGGGGCAGUGGACGACAUGGUCAGCUAGCUGAGACAGGACGUAGCAGUCAAGUUCCUGUUUUAACUGAAACUCUUGGCUGUGCCCAGCAAGUUGUGUGCGGUCAGAAUUGUACUUUUAUUGUCACUGCUAAUGGUUCCAUUCUGGCAUGUGGAGAAGGUAGUUAUGGUCGAUUGGGUCAGGGAAACUCGGAUGAUUUACAUACUCCAACAGUUAUCUCAACUCUUCAAGGGUUCGUUGUGACUCAGGUGGCAUCAUCUUGUGGAUCAGAUGGACACAGCCUAGCAGUUACAGAUAGUGGUGAAGUCUUUCUUGGGGAGAUGGAGACUAUGGAAAUUAGGUCAUGGUAAUUCUGAUCGGCAGAGAAGACCUCGUCAAAUAGAAGCAUUCCAAGGACAAGAAGUUGUCCAAAUAGCAUGUGGUUUUAAACAUACAGCUGUUGUAACAUCUGAUGGCAAACUGUUUACUUUUGGGAAUGGUGACUAUGGAAGACUUGGCCUUGGUUCUACUGCGAAUAAAAAAUUGCCAGAAAAAGUUACAGCACUUGAUGGCUGGAGAAUUGGUCAAGUUGCUUGUGGACUUAACCACACAGUUUGUGUUGAUGUGGAUGGAAAUACUGUUUGGGCAUUUGGUGAUGGGGAUUAUGGAAAGCUGGGUCUAGGAAAUUCUACAUCAAAGUCUACGCCUCAAAAAGUAGAAGCCAUGUGUGGCAUUGGUAUUAGGAAAGUUUGUUGUGGAACCCAAUUUACAGUAUUUCUCACCAAAGAUGGUCGUGUAUAUACCUGUGGAAUGGACCGACUCAUAGGUCAACCUGAGUCUCGCACAAGAGGCCAUAACCGACCGCAACAAGUUCCUGCACUUGUCAGUCAUAAUGUUGUGGAUGUAGCAGUUGGAUCUGAACAUACCCUUGCACUCACUGCCUCAGGGGAUGUUUUUGGAUGGGGUGUCAAUAGUGAUGGUCAGUUAGGACUGGGUCAUUCAGCAGCUGUAAGGGAACCUCAAAUGAUACGAACUCUAUCAGGAAAAGGAAUAAGUCAGAUCAGUGCUGGUCGAAGCCACAGUGCUGCUUGGUCAGCCCCACCACUUCCUCCUGUCACUCCUGGAAAUCCAGCACCUAUGCAGCUGGGAAUUCCAGUCUCUGUUCCACCCCAAUAUCCUAAUCUACAGCACAUUCCACCUAGUGCCUUGUGUGCUCGUUUACGCUUGUUGCACCAAUUUAGUGACUUACUAUAUGCUUCUUGGAAACUGAUUCCUCUCACCCCAGGUUCUGAGUGCUAUAUUGAUAAUGUAAGUUCUGUGACAUGUGAGGCUGUGCGUUCUUUAGUAUCCCCAAGAGUUUAUACACUCCCUUUAGUACGUUGUCUAGGUCGCACAAUGGUUCAAGGUCGUAAUUAUGGACCACAGGUAACUGUGAAAAGAAUAUCAACAAGAGGAGCUCCAUGUAAACCAAUAUUUACUCAGUUGGCAAGACAAGUUGUAAAACUCAAGCCAGGAGACCUGAGACUACCAUCCAGAGCUUGGAAGGUAAGUAGCCCUUUUUUGGAAGGGGCAAGCUUGUCUU